AUGACUGAUCCUCGUCCCUACCAUGUUCUCGGUUACGGAACUCUCCUGGGUACCCAGUUCUUUCAGUCCUUUGUGGGUGGAGUAGUUGCAUUCCGCGCUUUGCCGCGUCCCCAAUUUGCUUCUCUGCAAUCAGCCAUCUUCCCCAUCUACUUCUCGCUGCAGACCGCACUUCCCGUGGCUGUCGCUUUGACUGCCAGUUCUGGUGGUCGUGUACUUGGCCUCUUGGGUCUUGUGUCCGAGGAAUACCGCUACAGCACCUUGCUACCCCUUGCUACUGUCGCGGUUACAGGACUGAUCAACAAUGUCUUCCUGCGCCCACUCACUAUCAACAUCAUGCGCGAGCGCAAGCACCAAGAAACCCGCGAUGGGAAGAAGAGCUAUGAUCCCGCUCCCCACUCCAAGGAGAUGCAGGCCCUGAACAAGAAGUUCGGUCGUAUACACGGUGCUUCAAGCCUGAUCAACUUGGCUGCUUUCCUGGCGACAAUUUACUAUGGCGUUGUCCUCAGCAAGAAACUUGAGUAA